AGAAUAUAGAUGUUGAGAGCGUUCAGAGUUACGUCUUUAUAUGAAGCAUGAAUCUUUCAGCCUUUGCGGCGCCAGACUCACAAGAGAGGGGGGCAACACCGAGACGGGGGGACUUUUUCUUUAGCCAAAUCAAGGUGUGGGAGGGUGCAGUGCAGAAGUAGAGUGGAGGAGAUGGGAGAUGAAAGCAACGAGCGGGAGGCGACGCGGCGCCUCCAGCGGUGCUCGUCACAGCUGCGCAUGCGCUCCAGCACGGCAUGGCGGGCGCACGCCGGGAUGGUGGUCGUCCAGCUCGCCUUCAGCGGCUACCACGUCCUCAACCAAGUCCGUCCUGAGCGCGGGCAUGAACCAGGUGGUCUUCUGCGUCUACCGCGACCUCGUGGCGCUCGCCAUCCUCGCCCCCGUCGCCUUCGUCGGCGAGAGAAGGGUGAGGCCUCCGUUGACCCCUCAGAUGCUCGCGUCCUUGGCUCUUCUUGGCUUCACUGGGCUGUUCGUGAACCCGCUCCUCUUCCUCGUCGGCCUCCAACACACCAACGCUUCGUACGCCGCAGCGUUCGAGCCCUGCGUGCCCGUGUUCGCGUUCCUCUUGGCCGUGAUUGCUGGCGUUGAAACGAUCAACCUCUCCACGCAACAUGGCGUCCUCAAAGUCGUCGGCACAGCCGUGGGUGUCUCAGGCGCCCUUCUCAUGGCUUUGUACAGAGGCCCGUCCUUGGUAAUUGGCCAGCUGGGACUGGGACUGGGAGUAGGAGGCGCCGCCGCCACUGCCACCAUUCCUGCUGCUCAUCAGUGGCCGACAUCUACCAGCAUGCUCGUAGCGACGUGGUAUCUUGGUGCCUUGUGCCUUAUAGGACACUGCUUCUUGGCGAGUGCUUAUCUAGUGAUACAGGUUCCUGUGAUUACAAGGUAUCCUGCGAGCUUAUCCUUGACAGCCUAUUCCUAUUUUUUUGCCACCAUCUUUAUGGUGUUCACUGGAGUGGUUUCAGCCAAUGGGCUCCAUGAGUGGGCACUGACGAAAACUGGGGUCAUAACUGUUCUAUACGCUGGAAUUGUUGCGUCUUGUAUGAGCUAUGCAAUCAUGACGUGGGCAAACAAAGUUCUUGGACCUUCGCUAACUGCCCUCUAUAAUCCACUCCAGCCAGCUUUUUCCACCGUCCUCUCAACUGUUUUCCUUGGUGCCCCAGUUUACACCGGAAGCAUUAUUGGGGGAUUCUUCAUAAUUGCUGGCCUAUAUCUAGUUACGUGGGCUCGCUACAAUGAAGCACAACGGGCAACGACAGAUGAUUAUUUGGACUCACUUCUUGUGGGCCACUCAAGAAUCACCAAGACAUAAGAAAGUUGUUUCAUGGAUCCAUAAAUGUUAGGACUUCAAAUAGUUGUCCCAAUUGUUUUCUCCAAUACCUCACUAGAAUAACAUGUAUAUAUGUUA